ACCUAUAUCACAUUGCGUAAUGAGGUUAGAUUUAGUUAAAAUUUUACAUUACGAUGAUUUUCAACUAAAAUUUUAGAAAAUGAUUAUGUCUAUUGAUUUACCAGGACACACGACUUUUGUGGGCAUGGCCGAAUUCAAAGUAGCAAUUCCGACCUGUUUCACUUUGUCCUACUAGUACCUAACUUAUAUCCACCAUCUUCUUCAAAAUAGUUAUAUCCACUAGUACAGUGGUACUAGCCAAACCGGGUAACUAAACACGCCUAACCGUAACGAUUUUUCAAGGCUCAAAUUACCGAAGUUCCUUCUUAACUGUGCUUACACGAGCAAUUGAGCUCGAGUAUACCCCUAUCUCCUCCCCAGAAAUGGAGUACCUGAUUAACUAACAGAAAAAAACUUUAACAGCCUUCCUUCCCCAUCUCUCUCUCCCGUUCUAUAUAACGGACUCCGUGCAUUUCUCCCCCCACCUGCUCUCUCCACCAGCCCAAUCAAUCAUCACGUGUGCACAGCUAGCCGCCGUACGCCAGAAGCGCCAUGGCCGAGUGUGAUCAGGAGCUGGUGGCGGGGAGCGCCCAGGACAUGCUGCGUGUGGUGUCCGCCCUCGCCGGCAUCCUGGAGCGCGUCGCGGAGCGCAACGACGCUGCUGCGGCGGCGGAGCUGGAGCUGGCCGCGGCGCCGGCCAUGGCGUCGGCGUCGGCGUUCCGGGCGACGACGAAGCCCGGCAUCUCGGUGCGCGCGUACGUGGCGCGCAUCGCGCGGUUCGCCGGGUGCAGCCCCGCGUGCUACGUCGUCGCCUACAUCUACCUCGACCGGCUCCUGCACCGCGGCGGCGGCCGCCGCAGGAGGUUCGCCCUCGCCGUGGAUUCCUACAGCGUGCACCGCCUCCUCAUCACCACCGUUCUCGCCGCCGUCAAGUUCAUGGAUGACAUAUGCUACAACAAUGCGUACUUCGCCAAGGUCGGGGGCAUCAGCCUGGCGGAGAUGAACUACCUGGAGGUGGACUUCCUGUUCGGCGUCGGCUUCGACCUGAACGUGACGCCGGAGACAUUCGGCGACUACUGCGCCGUGCUCCAGUCAGAGAUGCUGUGCGCAGAGGCUCCGCCGAGGCAGCUGCAGUACUGCUGCCUCUCCGACGAAGAAGCCGCCGGUGCCGGCUGCAGCUCCCAGCAGCAGCUCGCCGCAUGAAGGCGAUCUGACAGCUAGCCGCGCGCGUGAAAUUACAUGGGGGCGUAAUAGAAUGUUAGGUACUCCCUCUCCCCUUUCAUAAGGACUGUCAUGGUUUUGAACUAGCCAUGACAAUAAUUAUGAAACGGAGAGAAUACAUGUCGCCAUGUCGGUCAAUCUGUCUGUAUAAAAUGUUAGCUAGCUAGCUAGGUGGUCGUCUUCCUCCUCUCUUAGUUUCCUCUAGCUUUCUUCUUUUUUUUCGAAAAGGGGAAACGAUCCCCUAACUUUCUUCUGCCGUAGAUUCGUACGGUCUUGGUCAUUCAGCAUUGCAUGUAUAUAUAUUGUGUGACAGGGUGAUGUAAAAAGUACUCCCUCCGUUGCAUAAUUCUUGUCAAAAUAUUAUAUGAAUCUAGACACUUAUUAGAAAUAAAUACAUCCAUUUUUAGACAAAAUUGAGACAAGAAUUAUGAAACGGAGAGAGUAAUUCGCAGUACGUACUAGCGCGUUUGACCAUGGUGGCGUUGCGUUGUGCUUUACACGCGUGCACAGCAGGGGCAGUUGCCUUUGUCAUUACAAGUUCUGAAAAAUUCUGUGAAAUUUUGCACAUAAACAUUGCUCUGGAAAAUGAGGUCUGCAA